AUGUUCCUGUACGACGCCAAAGCAGGGGUAACGUUCGAAUCUUGGUAUAAGCGGUACGUAGACCUGUUCACCGUUGACUUGGCUUGCCAGGACGGGGCGUGGAAGGUCCGGCUGCUUCUGCGCAAACUUGGUACGCUCGGACACCAACACUACACCAACUUCAUCUUGCCGAGGAACCCACGUGACGUUACCUUUGAGGAGACGGUCCGAACGUUGUCCCAGAUUUUUGGCGGGCAGUCCUCUCUGUUCAGUGCUCGUUAUCAGUGUCUGCAACCGGCCAAGUGUGAUGCCGACGACUUCAUCACGUACGCGGGCGUGGACAACCGUGAAUGCCAACGUUUUCGACUUGGUCUGCUCACCGAGGACCAAUUCAAAUGCCUGCUUUUCGUCUCUGACCUCCAGUCUCCACACGAUGCCAAUACCCGGACGCGCCUCCUGUCCAAGCUACAACUGGAUAGCUCAGUCACACUUCAGAACCUGAACGAGGAGUGUCUAACGCUGCUCAACCUGAAGCACGAUUCUGCCAUCAUCCAGAACGCCGCCGCACCUGAUAUG